AUGUCAACCCUUCAUAGUAACAUUCGCGUUUUCAUACAGUGGAAAGACCAAACUGUAUUCGCUGGCGAAGAUAUAGAGUGUCAAAUCACUUUCAAAAAUGUCGCGACAUCACCAGCGUCAUCAAAAUCAUCAUUACAUCCACCCGGACCCAAUGGGUCGCUACAAUCACCCGAAAGACACAGGAGACCUCCGUCACAGAUCAAAAAUUCAGCCCUGAGCCCGCGGUCUGGAGUCCCAAGCAGAGAUGGUCAUCGAUCAUCUCUUUCUAUGACAAUACCACCCGAAUCAGUACAUUCAAAACAAUCAGAACAAUGGAGUCAUGGAACAUCGAGGCCCGGAAGAGGAGGGGAAGGUCACAAGCGGUCCGUGUCUAUCAUAUCAAUGGGAGCUAGCGAAAGUGAUAUUGAUGAAGUCGCCAGCCAUGGAAGCUUGAAUGAAAGGCUUGGUAGAGGUGCCAGAGGUCAUGGUCGGUCUGCAAGCUUGCAAAUAAUUCCGCGAAGGAACGGAGUUAAUGGAGGGCCCAUGACAGCACCACUUAAUUCUCGUAUACCGCCUCACCCUUCGCCGUUAAUGGGCUCCUCUUUCCCACCGAAUUCAUCUGUACCGAAUUCUCCGCGGCGAAAUACAGGUACAAGCAAUCUGCCAACAACAUCAGGGCUUGGGUCACAUCUAGCAAGGAGGAAAGACUCCACUCCACUUGCUCCAGCCUUUAAAUUUCCAGCAACCGCUUCACCUUCGAUAGAAAGUCGACGCAAUUCACGCAUUGAAGAUGAUAACGCAAGUCACAAAUCUCAUGAUAGCCGGCUGCUCUCGCCCAGAUCUAGAGAUACUGUCCUAAGUAUUCCCGACCAAAUAACACCUGCACCUAUUGCAAGAAUACUCUCACCAUCAAGCAUGGGUGGGACACCACGAAGUAGCGGGGAAUUUUACACUCUAAGCAACAAUUCGACGGAGACCCUUGCUUCAGAAUAUUUACCACAACCAUCAAAUCGGAUGCCACCUUAUAGUGGGCACCAUAUAAAACGAUCUUCAAAUUUAGCUUCCAGUAGCAGUCAUAGGGCACCAGAAACGCUCAUGAUGGGCUAUGCUCAAAUCCAUGGUUCUUUCAUGCUGGAUCCAUCCUUAAUAAGUCAAGCGCCAUUCGAAGAAGUGAAACGAAAAGGUGCAGUCGGUGGGCAAGGUGGUGGUGUGAUUGGAGUCGAAACGAACAAAAGGGACAGUAGUCUUUUGCGAACAUUUGGUUGGGGGAGCAUAGGCGAAUCAAUAGGUGGUCUAUUAGGAGGCGGCGAGUUAAGUAGCAUGAAAGAUAUGCGGGGCAUGGUAAAUUCUCGUUCCAUACCUUUACUGUCAACUCCUCAAUCUAUUUUGUUUGUGGACUUGAAAUUGGCUCCUGGGGAAAGUCGCAGCUACAAGUACUCUUUCAAAUUACCUAGAGGACUACCCCCCAGCCAUCGAGGGAAGGCUAUAAAGAUAUCCUAUAAAUUAGUUAUCGGCACACAAAGACCGGGAGGUGCCAAGGAGCAACAAGUCAAGUCGGUUGAGAUACCAUUUCGACUCUUGGGCAGCGUGAAUUCUCACGGAGAGCUUCUCGGUCAUGAUCUUAUGUUACCAUAUAUACUACUUCGAGAUCAAGCUCGAAUUCAAACUAUUAACACGCAGUCCGAUGAAAGCUUGAGUUCUUCACUUAAGAAGCUUUCAGUCAGUACACACAAAACGCAAAGACCCAACUCGAAUUUGGGCGAGUUCCUUGCAUACGUUGAUGAAUUAAUCACGAGACCACGAAGGAACUCUAGCUUUGGUUUGUUAUCGCCCACAGAGACUAUAGGAUCUAGACGCCAAUCUAUCAGCGAGGAACCUGCAACGGCAAAAGAAGCAAUUGAUAUGGCCAUCCUUCGCAGCAAUAUCGCCACAGAAUCUCAACAAAGUGCAAAUAGAUUUGAAAUUGCUCGUGGUGGAAAGAGAGUUGCGGUAGUCAUGCUAGCUAGGCCGGCAUAUCGCUUAGGCGAAACCGUCACUGCAGCUAUCGAAUUUACCGAUGCUGGAAUUCCUUGCUAUGCAAUACACUGCGCUUUGGAGACAUCCGAAAAAGUCGACAACUCCAUCGCGCUACGUUCUGAAGCAAGCAUAUUUCGCGUUACUCGUCGGGUUCACGUUUCGCACUCUGAAUCUACACUUUUUGCUCGCCGCAUAGUCUUUUCUCCUACUAUCCCCGUCACCGCAACCCCUGAAUUCAUCACUAGUGGAGUAUCACUUGAUUGGCGUAUUCGCAUUGAGUUCGUUACCCCUAGACUGACCACUGUGGAUAAUGAGGUUAUUGAUUUAUCCCCUGAAUUGUUGGAAGAAUAUACGAAUGAUGAAAGGGGGGUCGUCUAUGCAGCAGUCCAAGGGCUCGAAUGUGAAAGUUUUGAAGUUGCUGUUCCUAUUAGAGUAUACGGUGCCUUAGCUGGCACCACAGAAAAAGAAGAGAGCGAAGGAAUGGGUCUCGUUGUAUAA